CACAUCGUUGCAAUUUAACAACGUAAGAUACUCAAUAAUCCGCAAAUCGUUGUGAACUUCGAUAAAACUGAAAUGACUUUUGAGUAUAGCCAAGAUAUUGCCAAACCUCCGGAGUAUUUGAAUUUGCAAUUCAUUGAGGAUGUGACGGAAAAUGCAUUGCGGGAAACAAAUGUUAAAAUCAUAAAAGCUAACUUCAGUUUGGGCAGUGCUGUAGGCGAGAACUACUGCAGCUUGGUAUAUCGCAUGAAAGUGCAAUACGAGUUAGCAGUGUCGGGUAAGCAUGGCGAGUUAUCUGUGAUCGUUAAAUGUCUACCUCCCAUGGAUGGAAUUGAUUUCCUGGAUGAAAUUAGCGUAUUUGUAAAGGAAAAGACAAUAUUCGAGGAGAUGUUACCAAAACUCUCGCUGUUCCUGCAGUCGGGCGAGCGCUUCGGUGGGCGUCUCUAUCACGCCAUUAAAAGGCCUGUGAAUUGCUUAGCCUUCGAGGAUCUAAAUGUGUGCGGUUACCAGAUGGCAUCGCGCGAACGAGGAUUAAAUGAGACGCAUGCGCGCUUGGUGAUGAAACGCAUUGGGCAAUUUCACGCAGUCUCAAUGCAUCUCGCAAAGAAGGACCCGCAUAUACCCCAGCUCUACAACCGCGGCAUGCUGUCCCGCAACGCACUUAAACCUGACGGCUUCCUGCUGCGAUUCUUCUCCCGAAGUGCCAACGCUCUACUGCAACUCAUCUCCAAAUGGCCCGAUUACAUGGAUAUUGCUGAGAAAUUGCAAAAAUACAUUGAAAACAUAGCCGAUAAUUUGGUGCGCGCUCAGGCACCCGCUCCAGAUGACACAUUUCGCGUACUAAAUCAUGGUGAUCUUUGGGUCAAUAAUAUACUCUUCAAAUACGAUGACAAUCAUCAGGUGCAAGAUUGUAUAUUUAUCGAUUAUCAGAUGACAGUGUGGACCAGUCCGGGCGUUGAUUUGAAUUAUUUCCUAUACACCAGCUUGCGAUUGGACGUAUUGAAAAAUAAGCGCGAUGAAUUGUUGAAGGAGUAUUACCAUCAUUUUCGCGCUAAACUUGUCGAACUCAACUACAAUCCUUUGCCGAGCUUUCAACAAAUCUGCGGUGAAGUACGCAGACGCGCUAGCUAUGGGCUGUUCGCUAAUUACGGCAUCUACCCCCUCGUUGUACAGGAUAAAGAAGUAGCUAGUGAUAGUAGUUUGGAUAAUAUGGCUGACGCAGAUUUUGCGGCCAAAAAAUUUGAAGAAAUGUUUGCUUCCGUGCAACUGACAGAAACGCUGCGGUACACUUUGAGAGAAUUCGAUAAAAUGGGGGUUUGGGAUUGAGUACGACGAAUAUUAUUAACUUCAAUGGGCAGGUUUUUCAGUUUUAGGGUAAUUAUAUGAUACUUUAUUUUUAAAAGUUGUGAUUAGUUGCUUAGAAUAUCGUGUAAGAAGGUCUACAUUUAAGAUUUUUUAAAUAA